AUGGCAGCAGCAACAACAGUUUGUACAGCAGAACUGAGCAGCGUGGCAGGUUCACAGUCAGAAGGCAGCUAUGAGAUCAGCUUCAGUACAGACAAGUCAGACUUGGAAGGAACAUUGAGGAGUUCACCAACUCCAUCACGGUCAUCCAACCACUCCACUCGGUCAAAGUCUGGUAGCCGCACACCGUCUCCAGCUUCCUUGUUUGUUUCCACGGACAAUCAUAAAGACGGGUCAACGCCAGAUAGGGACUCGUUACAUAUAGAUAUUAUAGGACCCGACGAUAACACUAGCAGCAGAGGUCUAGAAGUAUCUGUGGAUUCCCUGGAUGAGCUAAAGAGUGUGAUGGCUGGAGGCACUGUUCCUGGGUGGACUGCUGAUGUUGCUGUAGUCUUAUGGCAGCGGAUGUUGGGCUGUCUGGGGGAUGUCAACAAAAUUGAGGACCCAGAGAUUCAUGCGGUUGUGUUUGAUGCUCUAGCAGAGCUGCUGGACACACUUUGCAGGAUGAGCGAUAACUUGGGUGUGGUGCAGGAUAGUGCUUCCUUACCUCCUCCAGAACUGAUACCUCCUGUACAUUACUUCUCCUCUUGGCUGUUUGAGUGUUUAUCUCUUGGCAACAAGUACAAGAGAGGGAAGCUCAUGGCGUAUCAGCUGAUCUGCCAGUCCAUGCUGCGCCGACAUGAGGUCAUGCCCUCGCAGCAACUGCUGUCGCAGUUUUAUCUUGUGUUACAUACAGGACUAGCCUCCUCUGACCAG